CAAUAAUGGAAGAGCCAGUUUCUAAGCUUCCUAAAACUAGCAAUGGGUCUCGCGCCUACCGGUGCUCCAGCAGUCUCCUGUCUGAAGAGCAGCUGCGGUGUUCGAUCUGUCUGGAUGUGUUCACUGAUCCACUCACCACUUCAUGUGGGCACAACUUCUGUCAGAGCUGCCUUACACAGUGCUGGGAGAAGAGUCUACACUGUUACUGUCCAUUAUGUAAAGAGAAAUUCACCAAGAAACCUAAACUGAAGAUUAAUACAACACUGAGAGAGGUUGCAGAUCUCUUCAAGAAGAAACGUGGAGUUCUUUGUGAUGUCUGCACUGGAGAGAAGCUGAAGGCCCUGAAAUUCUGUCUGGAUUGUGUUCUGACUUUGUGUAAAUCUCAUUUAGAACCUCAUAAUCAUGUUCCAAGACUUAAGGAACACAAAUUAAUAAACCCUGUGGAGAACCUGGAGGACUACAUAUGCCAGAAACAUGAGAGACCUCUGGAGUUGUUCUGUAGAGAUGAUCAGACGUGUGUGUGUCAGUUCUGCACUGAAGAAGACCACAAGAAUCACAACACUGUUCCUAUAGAGGAGGAGAGUGGAGAGAGGAAGACUCAGCUGGGGAAAACACAGACAGAUGUGCAGCAGAAGAUUCAGGUCCGACUGAAGAAGAUCCAAGAGAUCAAACACUCAGUAGAGCUCAGCAAAUGUGAUAGAAGCAAAGAGAAAGCAGACAGUGUUGAAGUCUUCACUGCUCUGAUUCGCUCCAUUGAGAGAAGUCAGGCUGAGCUGCUCGAGGUGAUGGAGGAGAAGCAGAGAGCAGCAGAGAGGCAGGCUGAAGGACUCAUUAAAGAGCUGGAGCAGGAAAUCACUGUGCUAAAGAGGAGAGACACUGAGCUGGAGCAGCUCUCACACACUGAGGAGCAUCUCCACCUCCUACAGAUUUACUCCUCCGUGUGCAGCCCUCCACACACCAAGAACUGGACUGAGAUCAGUAUUAACACUCGUCUGAGUGGGGACACUGUGAGGACAGCUCUGUCUCAGCUUCAGCAGACUCUGAAUGAGAAACUCACUAAAACACUCAAUAAGUUAAAGGAAGCAGAACUGAAGAGGAUUCAGCAGUAUGCAGUGGAUGUGACUCUGGAUCCUGAUACAGCUCAUCCCAAACUCAUCCUGUCUGCUGAUGGAAAACAAGUGACAUGUGGAGACAAACGACAGAAACUCCCUAAUACACCACAGAGGUUUAAUCAGUAUCUUGGUGUUGUGGGAAAGCAGAGUUUCUCCUCAGGGAGAUUUUAUUAUGAGGUGCAAGUCAGAGGGAAAACUAAGUGGUUAUUAGGAGUUGUGAGUGAGAACAUUAACAGGAAGGGGUGGAUUACACUGAGACCUCAGUAUGGAUUGUGGACUGUGGGACUGGGUGGUGAGAAUGAGUACUGGGCUUUUGCUGAGCCCGCUGUCCGCCUCCCACUGAGAGAGAAGGUGGAGACGGUGGGGGUGUUUGUGGAUUAUGAGGAGGGUCUGGUCUCCUUUUAUGAUGUGAAGUCCAGAUCUCAUAUCUACUCUUUCAUUGGUCAGUCUUUCACUGAGAAACUCUAUCCAUACUUCAAUCCUGAAGAUUCAGCCCCACUGAUCAUCUCUCCUGUAUCUGUAACGCGGCUGUGACAGACCAGACACUCGCAGAUGUUCGAUGAACUGAAGGUUUUAAUGAGAGAAGGGUAAUCCAAAAACAAUGUACAAAAACCAGGCCAGGUCAAAACCGAGAAAUCCAAAACAUUAACAAGGGCCAGACAAAACGUGAUCAGAAAACGGGCAAUAGCCGAAGAACCGGAAAUCAAGAGAGACGGGCAAUCAAAACACAGGGCCAGGCUAAACGGGGGCAAAAAACGGAAAGCAAAAAGGGUCAUACACAGAGAAACAAUCAGGUGACCCACUCCUACGAAGUGGUUCCGGGUUGAACUGACGGCGUGCACGUGGUAGUAACUGGUGCGUGAGGGGGAUUAUGGGAAAUGGAGCCCUGUGGGUUGAGGCAGACGGAGGGUGAGCCUGGAAGCGUGACAGUAUUAAAGACUUAAUGAAUUUUCACCUCAUGAAUUAAGUCAUCUAUUAGAUC